GGUCGAGGCAUCAAGAUGUUUUCGAACGGCUAUGGAUUAAGCGUGUUUUUGCUCUUCGCCGUUAUGGUCCUCCAUGUGGGGGCAGAUCUGCGAGAUGUGAGGGAGAAGAUUGAUAUAUACGAGACGCCAAAAGAUACGCAGAUCUACAGAUCUAGCAGAGCAAGGCGCGAAACUAAAGAGGAGAUCGACUAUCGCCUGCCCAAAACGGUUAAGCCCUCCAGCUAUGAGCUGUAUUUGCAUCCAAAUUUGGAGGCGGAUACCUUUAUGGGCCAAGAGAAAAUCCGCAUCAAUGUGCUAGAGACAACCAAUCAAAUCGUCUUGCACUCACAAGACCUGGUCCUGACCAGUGUCUAUGUGGUAAAUCACGAGGUGGAGAACUACGAGUUGGAUGAGCUGCGUCAGUUGCUGAUUGUCAAUAUGAAGGAGCCGCUGGCCGCGAACGUCGUCGUCACGCUGGGCAUUGUCUUCGAGGGAAAGUCGUUGGGCAAACUCGAAGGACUCUACAGCAGCAGCUACUUAACGCCCGCGGGGCAGCGUCGAAAAAUUGCGACGACCAAGUUUGAGCCGACCUAUGCUCGCCAGGCGUUCCCCUGCUUCGAUGAGCCCGCUCUGAAGGCCACCUUCACUAUCAGCGUGGUGCAUCCCAACUCCGGCUCCUAUACAGCGCUCUCGAACAUGAACGAGGAGGAUUCCAUGAAUCUGGGUGAGGAGUCAAUGGUCACGUUUGCCAGCAGCGUCCCAAUGAGCACCUAUCUCGCCUGCAUCAUUGUCUCCGACUUUGACUCACAGACGGGCACGGUCAAGGCCAACGGAAUCGGCAACGAUUUUACAAUGCGCGCCUUUGCCACGCCCCAUCAGCUGAAUAAGGUGAAGUACGCCUUAGAUUUUGGCAUCGCUGUCACCGAGUACUACAUCAAAUACUUCAAUGUGGAGUACCCGCUGCCCAAGCUGGACAUGGCAGCCAUACCGGACUUUUCCUCCAAUGCCAUGGAGCACUGGGGCCUGGUCACCUACAGAGAGACGGCGUUGCUCUAUGACGAGAAUUACAGUUCCACGCUGAACAAGCAGUCCAUUGCUGGUGUGCUGGCCCAUGAGAUAACUCAUCAGUGGUUUGGCAACCUGGUGACCAUGAAUUGGUGGAACGACUUGUGGCUAAACGAGGGCUUCGCUCGCUUCAUGCAGUACAAGGGCGUGCACGCAGUGCAUCCGGACUGGGGCAUGCUGGAGCAAUUUCAAAUAUUGGCCUUGCAGCCCGUGCUCGUCUACGACGCUAAACUCUCCUCGCAUCCCAUUGUGCAGAAGGUGGAGUCUCCGGAUGAAAUUUCGGCCAUCUUUGAUACGAUCAGCUAUGAGAAGGCGGGCUCUGUGCUGCGUAUGCUAGAAUCCUUGGUGGGCUCCGAGAAGUUUGAGGCUGCUGUAACGAGCUAUCUGACCAAAUUCAAGUACGCCAACACCGUCACGGAUGACUUCCUCACCGAGGUGGCUGCCCAAUUCAGCGAUUUGGAUGUGAAGCUAUUGAUGCGCACCUGGACAGAGCAGAUGGGCUAUCCGGUGCUGAAUGUACGGCGUAUCGGAGAAAAUGCUUUCAUGAUCGAGCAACAGCGGUUCCUCUCCAAUAAGGACAGCUACGACGUAGUGGUAGAUCCCGUUGAGUUUGGCUACAAGUGGACCGUGCCUGUUACCUACAUUCUGGACAGCUCGCCGGCCACUGAAGUCAACAGUCUUGUUUUUGAGUACGAUGAGGAUACGUUGGGCAUUGCGGCACCAACGAGUGCCAAAUGGAUCAAGCUGAACGUACGUCAGUUGGGCUACUAUCGCGUCAACUACGAGUCCAGCAUUUGGCAAGCUCUCAUCCAGCAGCUAAUGACUGAGCCGACGCGUUUCAACGUCGCGGAUCGAGCUCAUCUACUGAACGAUGCUUUCGCCCUGGCCGAUGCCAGCCAGCUCUCGUACAGAGUGCCCCUGGAGAUGACCGCCUAUCUGCCCAACGAGCGUGAGUUUGUGCCUUGGUAUGUGGCUAGCAGUGGACUGCUUUCGUUGAUAGAUCAGCUCAUGUUCACCGAUACCUAUGUUGACUAUAUGAGCUAUGCACGCACCCUGCUGACGAAUGUCUACAACCAGGUCGGCUGGACCGUUGAGCAGGAUAACCAUUUGGGCAAUCGUCUGCGCAUGUCUGUGCUGAAAUUAGCCUGCGCACUGGAGUUCAAGGAUUGCCUGGAGCAAGCAGAGCAACGCUUCACCAAAUGGCUCAACGCACCAACUGCGGAAAAUCGUCCAGCGCCCGAUCUGCGCGAGGUAGUCUACUACUAUGGCAUGAAGCAGGCGAGCAACGAGAAGAACUGGGAGGCGCUGCUGGAGCUGUUCAAGACGGAGUCCGAUGCCAGCGAGAAGUCGAAACUGAUGUUUGGUCUGUCCGCUGUGCAGGACGCUCAGCUGCUCUACCGUUUCUUGGACCUGGCCAGCGAUGAGACUAUUGUGCGCUCCCAGGACUAUUUCACCGCUGUGGAAAAUAUCGCUAACAAUCCUGUAGGCAUGCCCAUUGUUUGGGAUUACUAUCGGGAGAAUUGGCCCACUCUAGUCGCACGCUUUGGCCUCAACAAUCGCAGUUUUGGCAGAUUAAUUGCCAGAAUAACGAGCAAAUUCGCCAGUGAACAAAAGUUGCAGGAGGUGGAGUCAUUCUUCGUUAAAUAUCCAGAGUCGGGAGCCGGCGCUUCGUCCAGGCAGGAGGCGAUCGAGACCAUCAAAUAUAAUAUCAAUUGGCUCAAGGCGAAUCGGAACGAUAUUGCCAGUUGGCUGGGCGGUUCGCCUUCCCCAAUGACCUCUAAAUACCCAUUGUAAAAUACGAAAAAAUUUUCCCAUAUCCAAUAAAUGUCGAUUCACCAAAAACAUUUCCUCAA